AAAUUACACAGAGCGGAGUGAUCAAACAUGAGAACUUUCCGAUUUCUGGUUAAUCGGUAUUUUAAAAUGUGGUCAGUUAAGGAGGUUAAGGAAAAGAAUUUCGUAAUCCUACGUAAUAAAUUGUGACAAAUGGCAUGUGUGGUUUUAUGUACAAAAAUAUCGGUUGUGAAAUCAUUGCUUCUGGUGUUCUGUUAUACAAGUAUAACAAGUAUUUUGCAGUAAAAUGUUGACAGAUUUAGUAGCUGACGAUAAGAGUCAGUACUAUAAUAAAGAGGAAGAUGUCGGGUUACAGAGUACAGUCAUUUCAUCACAAGUGUAUGCUGAAGAUGAUGUUGAUUUUGUCCCAAAUAAUGGACAUGUUACGAACUUCGAUAUUCUUGUCCUUAUAGUGUCGAUAAUUAGCCAUAUAAUUGAUAUAGGUUUAGAUAUUAAUUUAGCCUAUCGCUAUUUUCACAGUGGUAGGAGUGAAUAUUCUAUUCUUACAGUGAUAUUUAUACUCUUUCCUGCCCUCGUCAACACCGUUAUUAGUGUUAGAAUGUAUGCUAUUGACAAGGAAUGUAAUUCAGUGUCAAAAAUGGCAUCAAGGAAGUGGGUUAUCCGUAUUCUUGUGUUGCUGUUUCAACUGGCACCAGUCUUGAGGUACUGUGAUUCUUUAAGCUAUGCACUGAAAUCCAGGCGUGCAGAGAAGCAGCAAGAUAUUAUAAAUCAGCGCCGAUUCUAUGAAAAAAUGCUGAAGGAAGAUAGUGAUGUGGCAUUUCUGCGUGUGUUUGAGUGUUUCUUAGAAGCUGCUCCACAGCAAAUUCUACAGAUAUCCAUUUUACUAGUUGAUACUAGACAUGGAUCAACUUUCCAAUGGUUGCAUCAAGCUGGUUCAAUCAUCAGCUCAUUACUUAGCAUGGCAUGGUCCAUGGCUUCAUAUCAUCGCUCUAUUCGAUUUGUUCAAGAGGAUAAAGAUAACAUAUCUUGGCCUGGCACAGUUAUGCAGUUCCUGUGGCACUUUAUGAUAACAGUUUCACGUAUACUCUCAAUAAGUCUAAUAGCAACUUUAUUUCCCACAUGGACAGCACUGGCAUGUGCAGUUCAUUGGCUGGUAAUGACUACUUGGCUGUCUUUCCUGGAACAAACGAAAUUCUGCACAUCAUCGCAAGAUAGUGCUACAGAGAAAGAACGUGUAGGUGAAAUCCUCUUUGCUGCUAUCUUGGGUUUAGUAUACAUUUUUACUUACAUCACACCUCGUGAAGGCAGAACGCGUACAAGAUAUCUAGUGUAUUAUAGUAUUUGUUUCAUAGAGAACUUGGUAUCAGCUAUCAUGUGGGCUGUUGAGGUCUAUCCUCAAGUCCAAAAUACAUGGUACUUUAUACCACUUCUCAUAUUUUCUAUUGUGCCUUUUGUAAUGGGAAUUGUGUUCAUGAUUUUAUAUUAUCUGUAUUUUCAUCCAAAACGAAUCUCUCCAGCAAACCACAUCCAGUCAAAUUUCCCAUUACCACAUGAUAUAAAUACCUCAGAACCUCAAGGAUGAACAUUUUGCAUUUGAACUCUUGUCAUUAUAAAGUAUAUUUGUGUGUGAAAGCUACUUUUGAAGGACUGUAAGGUAGUAUGACACAGCUUGUGUUUGAAGCUGAUUUAAAAUUAAGAACUUGCAGUUAAAGUACAGCACUUUCCUCAAAAGAGUUGUUUGUUUCUAUUGUAUUUUAAUAUUUAUUUAAAUAUAUUCAGGGCACCAAAAAUGAAGCCAAAGUCUACUGGCUAUCAGUGGGAAGUAGUAUUACUCAGUUGUUAUGCUUAUGUAUACUCAUACCUGGCACUUGGAAUAAAAUAAAAUGUGGGAUGGUUUGUGUAGUUAGACAGGUGUCAUGGUUUCAUCUCUGUUCUCCUGAACAGUUGUAUACAUUGUUAACCCUUUCAUAAGUAUACAGACACAUGGUCAUUCUUUAACUUAUUUUUUCAGUAGAGGGCACACAUUAAUAUGCAGUGUUUUAUCCAGAGAGUUUAAGCUGGAAGGAAAUGAAAAUUUUGGCGUACAUGUUCACCCAUCUGGAUCCAAAUCCCUGGUGGGCAGUCGAGUCAGUAAAACUGUUGACUUUUCACCCCGUGCAGUAGUGGCACAAUAUUUUACUCAAAUUAUCAUAACUUUGUCUGUAGUGGAGAUAUUUACACAUGUUUUGAAACAGAAUAAUGUGAAAAUAUUUAUUUACAACACCAGCAUAUUUAUUCAGGGUUACACACAAAUAUAAAAUUGCCAUAGUAACAUUUGGCAUGCAACAAAUAGUUUCCCAAAACAUUGUAAGGCUUGAAAUGUUCAGUGCAUAGUGGACCAUCACAAGUAUCACAUUUACAGUCUCUUCUCAUCUUCUUCAUUCUGCAGUUGUGUUACCUUUCAAUAUUAUUGGAGUUACCUUCACUAGAAAAUGAUGACCCAAUAGUCUGGAUGACAAUUCAUGUGGUGCUGUGGAAUGUCUCUUCACUGCUAAUUCUUUGGGAUGUUUUGAGUAUCUCCUCUCUUAACGUCUCUUUGAAUACUUGAAAUUUUCUGUAUUUCUUCUAAUUCACAGUUUUGUGCAGAAUGUAGGUGCUCAGCAAGAUCAUGUCAAGAAGGUUAAGCAUAUCUUCUUGGGUGCUUCAUUGUACUGCCACAUUACUUGUAACUUAAGUAUCUAAUCCCCAGGGUCAAUAUCACACACGUUCAUAUUGUAGUUUGUGACUAUUUUUGGUUUCAAGAGUGUUGCUCCAGUUUUUCAAACCACUUUUCUGGUUUCCUGGAAAUGCAGUAACGUCAUUGAUGCAGUAAGCAACUGCCUCUCCUUUCUGUAGGGCAUUUUUCUCAGGCUCCUUUGGUAUGUGUUUUGCAUUCAGUCACACUAUUCCACAAACAUUUGUUGCCACACAGUACAGUCUGUAGGACAGGUCAGGUGAAAUGUAACCAGGUAUCUACAUACAGCUGAUAACCUUCUUUCAGAUGGUCACUCUUCCAUCAUAUCAAUUACAACCUGUGUACUAUCAAGCAUGUCACCUACUUUGUCUUUAAUGAUAUCAGUUUUGAAUGUACUAAUGUAUCUGGUCUUAGAAUUGGAUAGUUUGUAAAAUUUUACUCCAAACCCUGCCCUCUUUGAAUUCUUAUAUUGAAUGAGGGGCAGUCUCUUCACCUACAUUUCUUCAGUGAUUCAUCAAUUUAUAUGGCUGGUGAAGGGGUAUAACUGCACAAAAAGUGUUUCCAACCAAGUUAACAGUGGGCUUUACUUUCUGUAAUUGGUCACUUCUGUCCAUGUUUCAUUGCUGACAAGAUGAAUAAUUUUACAGUUUCCAUUAACCUGUUCUUAGAAAUUACAGUACUGAAGUAUGGAGUACUGACACUAACAUCAGUGGUCUCAUAGUUCUGUGAAGCCAGUUUCCAUCCCAAACCCAUCAGUACUGUUAGUACACCAUAAGUGCAUCAGAAUUUGUGUCAGUAAAAUGUUCAUCACCAGUGCACACAUUGUUAACAUACAAUACAAAAAGAGUAGCCCUUCUUACUCAUUCAGUUAUGUCCAAAUCUGAUUGAAUGCUGCUGGUACUAGUGAAUGAAUGAAGUUCUGGAUGAAAAAUAUUGUCUUCCCAAGUCCAAUCAACAUCACCAACAUCAUGGACUCCAUUCAUAUUGCCUUGUUCAUCACAGCCCACACCCCUAUUUUCAUAUUUGGAAUCACUGACAGUGUCAUAUGAAUUAUUCACGCAUGUAGAUCCGUGUGAAUUGACUCCUUCCGCUUCAUUGCUGGACAUGAAAUCAAAGUCACGGACAUACAGUAAAUUAAUGUUUUCAUCUUCACGAGAAACAGACACAUGCUCCUUCACCUUAGCCAUGGUGAACACCGAAUUUACAUUCUUAAAAGAUUGUAUAGCACCUGAUUUGAACACUGAAUUGUGUUAGUAAUAUAUUGUGAUGUGCUGGCUGAAAGCCGGACUAUAAGACGUCCACCACUACUCAGUGACUAGCAAUUCCUAGGCAGUGAUGCCUAGGAAAACGUUGCCCCGGAAAUGGAAGUCUAACAGUGGGGUUUCCACCAUUACAAACGAAUUGUUUGAGGCAGACGCGUAUUCCCAUAUUUGUUGAAUAGCAGCGGGCAAAAUUAACCCUUCGACAAGGUGUUCACUGUUCAGUUCGAGUGCAAGAUAUAACAGUUCAUAUGCGGCAAGAGACAAGCAGAGUUCAUAUCCGACAAGGGACCAAGGACAGUUGAGCUCCGAGCAGAGCAGAAGACACUCCACUGAGAUCAGCGGUGCAACAUUGAAGAAUAAACGUCUAAAGGACAUUAUAAGUGUGAAUAAUUGUAUUUGCGAGUGUAAAGAGUGAGUGUCCAAUACAUAUGCGUUCAAAUCCGAGGCCCAUGUGAAUUUUCUUGUCGCGUUGCCUAGCAAACACGCGGCAACUGGUGUCAGAAGUGGGAUUGGCUUGGAUUGUGGAACAGAUUAUUGGACCAAGAGCGCAAGUACAACACCACACCAAAACAAAAGGAGUCACAGCAGAUGGAACUCUGCUGGCCAUGCGAGAAAACAUGAAAGCCAUCCAGGCAAAGGCGGACACCAAUAUGAGAGCCAGCCAAGAACGGAUGAUGCAACAGCUUCUGGCCAAUGGAGAAGCCAUUCAAGAACGAAUGAUAGCCAAAAUGGACACCGAUAGGAAGGCUGACAGAUAUGAAAGGAAAGCGUGGGAAGAAGGGAUGACCGCAAGAAUGAAAGCCAUGCGGGACAAGAGAAUGGAAGUGGACAGAAAAACUGUGCAGGAAGAAAUCAAAGCCAAAAGAGACGAUGGCCUACCAAGAAAAGACGGAGGCAUGUUUGGAAGAAGAGCCAAUCUCAGCGGAAACGAAACCUGAGGCAGCAGAACAAUCCAAGGUCCCUAAAAAAGACGCCAAAAUGAUGCCGGUCGGAGGAUCGAGGAAGAGGCGUAGGGACCGGAAGUUAGCUACAGAGCGGCAAGGAAAACCAAAGGAACGGACCGAGGGCAAGGAUGGGUGCCGAAAGAUAGGAAGGCUAUCGCCCGCAGGGAGAUGACAUGGGAAAAUUGUGGAUCCCAGAAGAGACUGGCCAUCUCCCGCAGAGGGACGACCUACUGUGCAGGAGUGCCACGGCGCAAGGAAAACGCCAUCAGGAUAGUUCGGGCCAGGGACAAUGUGUUAUGAGGAGCCCCGAAAGAACUGACGCUCAGGAGGAGACAUCAGCAGAGGCCGGAAUGCAAAAGUGGAAUUAAGGAUCAAGGCGGCAAGUGGCCGCUAAACAAGAGAUAGAAGAGGACAACUGAUCAGUGUUGGAGAGUGAAGAUCGGGACAGCCACACCUCUGGGAAGAAGAGGGUCGGCCUACAACACUGUCAAGGAGACCCUAGAGCUGGAAUUCGUGAAGAUAGCAACCAGGAUGUUUGGUGGGUUGCGGAAGGUGAGAAACUCGACGCUGUGGAGGUAUCGGCACCCUUCAGAGCGACAAAACAAGGAUUGGACACUGUGGAGGGGUGGACCCCCUCCAAAACGAAAAAAGCAGCAGCAAACAGAGCAGGGGCCGGUAAUGUAGAAGCACGGGCCUCCCCAGCUAGAGUGAGUGGGAUGUAGCGCUCAGAAGAUGAACAGAACAGGCAGGAAGCCGUCACAAGCAGGAACCCUCGGAAACGAAAGAAAGGGAAAUACCGUUAAGCUGUUCAGGACGAACAACCUUAAGGAGGGAGCAAUGUGAUGUGCUGCCUGAAAGCCAGACUAUAAGAUGUCCAUCA